GCAGGCGCACCGCGGGCCCCCUCCCCGCCGAAGCGUCCCCCCCCCCAGUCCCCGCGCGCCGAGGGGUCCUGACAGGCCGAGCGAGGCAGCCGCCGCUCGAGACUCCGCCCGGGAGGGGCCGCCGGCCGGGGGGGCACCAUGUCCUCCCCCAGCCCGGGCAAGAGGCGGAUGGACACCGACGUGGUCAAGCUUAUUGAGAGCAAACACGAAGUCACAAUCCUAGGAGGACUCAAUGAAUUUGUAGUGAAGUUUUAUGGACCACAAGGAACACCGUACGAAGGUGGGGUGUGGAAAGUUAGAGUGGACCUUCCUGACAAAUAUCCUUUCAAAUCCCCAUCUAUAGGAUUCAUGAAUAAAAUUUUUCAUCCCAACAUUGACGAAGCGUCAGGAACCGUAUGUCUAGAUGUAAUUAAUCAGACUUGGACAGCUCUCUACGAUCUUACCAAUAUAUUUGAGUCGUUCCUGCCCCAGUUGCUGGCCUAUCCCAACCCCAUAGACCCCCUUAAUGGUGACGCCGCAGCCAUGUACCUUCACCGACCAGAAGAAUACAAGCAGAAAAUUAAAGAAUACAUUCAGAAAUAUGCAACAGAGGAGGCCCUCAAAGAGCAGGAAGAAGGGACCGGCGACAGCUCUUCGGAAAGUUCCAUGUCUGACUUUUCCGAGGACGAGGCCCAAGAUAUGGAAUUGUAGUAGAAGCAGCGUCCUGCUUUUCGGAGAGACUUGACUUCCUGACCAUGCGCUGAGAAGCAGACUAUAAUAUUCAUAUUUAAACAAAGCAAUUUUUUAUUACUAAACAAGGUUUUUAUGAAUAAUAGCAUUCAGAGGUAUAUAUAUAUAUAUAUAUAUAUAUAUACACACACAUAUUAUAUAUAUAUAUAUAUAUCUCCACCCUUUAGAUCUUGAUUUUUUUUUUUUCGUUUUUGUUUCUUUUUUGGUCAUUUCUCAAAGAGCCCCCAAAACAUGCAUUGCGGUGCGUUUCCGACAUUCCACUUGGUAGCAAUAUGAACCCGGGCGCAUGCUUGCAUCUCUUCGUAAUUCCAUUUCAGCUGAGUUCAAAUCCCCCUCCCCACCUCCCCCGGAACCUGCUGCUUUGCUCUGGAGAGAAUCUGGAUAAUGCCCUCCCCUACCCCCCCCGCCCCCCCCUUUUUUUUUUCUUUUUAAAAUUUCCCGUUUUUUUUUUUUUUCUUCCUUCCUUCUUUUCUUUCCUUUUUAAGUCGAGCGUUCCAAAGACAGCAGACGCCCGCGGAUGCAAAUGCGGAACAGCAAUUUGAGAAUGUAAAAGAGAAUUUUUUUGGGGGGGGUGAGACGGGGGUGCGCGCGCGCGCGCGAUUUAAUCGAUGGAAAGUAUAAUAAGGCCGUGAAGUCAACGGUGCGCCUUCGUUUCAACCUGGCUGCUUUUAUUAACCCCUUUUUUCGAUGGAGUUCACCUUUUUUCUUCUUCUUUUUUUGGUCUUUUUUUUUUUUUAAACACCCAACAAGAUCUACCAACUGAAUGCAUGGAGUUCUUGACGUGCCCGUCUUUUACGAAGCAGCUGUGAUCCUGAGUAUAGUAUGCUUUUUUUUUUUUUUUUUUUUUUUCAUUUUUUCCUGACGGACUUCCUGUCUGCUUAGACUGGUGAUGGAGGUGAUGAUGAUAAUGGUCUUCUAAGUUGGUCCAGGCUGGGGAGCGGGGGUGGAAAGAUGUGAAGGUCAGCGUGACAGUCAUAUGUGGUCAUCUUGGUUUUUUUUUUUCUGAGGGACAAGGAAGCGGGACAGUCCUGUCCAAGGGGUGGUGAGGUGGCCGCUAACUCAAAGUACCUUGAACCCAGUCCAUCUUGGUCCUUUUAUCCAAACCACCAGCAGCAGAGAUACUCUACACACACCCAUUUCUCAGUUCUCUUGAUAAUUCUGCAAAUGCCGCCCAGGUGAACGUCUACAUCUGGAAGAGCUUUCUGACCAGGUGGAUUCGAUCGAGCCUGUGAAAAAAAGGAUGUUCUGGUACUUGGUUAGUAAAUUCCCUCCUCACCCUGUCUCUUGACAGCACUUGCCAUCCUUUCUGCUGUCCGUUUUGACGUUGCUCGCCCGAGCUGGCCAGAUGUUCUGAGAAAGUCCCACCAUGCUUGGCGGGACGCGGUGCUCCUUUUAAAGAAGGGGAGCCAGUUGGUGUCAAAAGUGGUGUUUAAGGGACUCCAAAUGACUUCUUUCCUUGACUAGCCGAAUUCCCGAUGGCUCCAUACUGCCCCUUCCCUCCAACGGGAGAUCAGAAAUGACGGUGGUUGACUAGGGCGGAUAGCAAGGAGGUCCCUUGAGAUGGAACUUGCUCUCUGGCCUGGAUGUCCCUUGAGAUGGAGCUUGCACCUUAGAUUUCUAGAGAUUUGGGGGACAGGAUGUUGAGUAGAGGGCUCGGGAAAGUUGGGUGUAUCUUCUAGUAAUCAUCAUCAGAACUUGGGUGAAUCAAGAAGGAACGUUGACUGUCAAGAGAAGUUGCGUCCUUCCCACCCGAUCCUUCUUAAAUGCCAUCUGGGUUUGAGGUUGGUGAGUUUUGUGUAUGUGUUUUGAGGGGGGGGGGCAGGCUGACGGAACGAGUCCGAUCUUCAACCGCCAUCCCUUUGCUUUGCUUGCUUUUUCUUCCCCGUGUGGAAAAGACCUGUCAAGUAGACCUUAAUUGGCACGAUUGUUUUCUUGGAAUAAAGCAAGAGCUUAUCUCGUCUUGGGCAUGAAGUGGGGGCGAGGAUGGGGAAAACCCCCACAAAAAUUAUUCAUAGUCAUUCUCUUAUUUUUAUUUUUUUGCCUGGAAAACGUUGGUGAGGGGGGAACAAGCAGUGAAAUUGGGGUUGUGAGCAGCUGAAGUGAUUCUGGAAUAGGGGACCCCCCCCCAUUUUGUCACUCUGGGUCUUGAUGGAAGAUAAGAUGGACCUUCUCAAUCAGUAUUGUCUCAGUUUGGGCCCCUUUAAGAUGGGCGGACUUCAACUCCCAGAAUUCCCCAGCCAGUUGAAGGCCGCUCAUCUUAAAAGUGGCUAAAAUUGAGAAACGCUGAUUUAAGAUUACCUAUCCCUAACCUGUUCUCCUCCUGCAUUUGCCACCCCAUCCCCAUCCUCCCCAGCCGGCAGGGAGGAGUGCACGAUGGGCUCGGUCUGCCUUAACUGUGCUGCUAAUUGGUCGACCUGUGCAAUGAUCUCUAGGCGCUGUGAGGUCUAGAUUUUUUUGGAGUGCCAAGCUAUCUAUCAUGAUAGGAGUGCCACUUUGAGCGAAAUAAACCAUUCUCCCCAUGAUUGUACAUAUAGAUAGAUAGAUAUAUUAAUACGCUAGUGUUCUAAUUCCCUUCACGAAGGUAAUCUUUUUUUUUUUUUUUUAAACAAUAAAGUCUGACUUCUGAUAUUUUGAGAUUGUUGACCGCUCAUAAAUUAACAUCCCUUUUUUUUUUCUUCUCCCCCCCCCCUUCCCGUCAAGCAAAGCCACAAUGCUGGCUUUAAUUAAGGAGAGAAAACUUAACAAAGAUGACCCACGUUGGCACCAAAUUCUGGCCCCCGAAAUUGUCCUGGCCAAACUCUUUUGAUUCGCAAAGGUCCUUUUGGAGGGGGGGGGGCAUCUCAACUCUUGAACGUUCAUGGCCGAGAUGAUGGUUGAAGGUGAAAUUAGUUCUUGAACGUAGGUUUCAACAGACACACACGCAUCACACAGCCCGCUGCAAGCACUUCUGGUGUUCCUUGGCCUGGCUUUGGCUUGACCUAGCGUUGACUUGACCUAGCGAUCAUGGUGGGCCAAAUGUUGGCGAGAUCAAGCUUGGAAGAGACUAAGGAAGCACCUCAAAAGCUUUGAGCUAAACGAAGCAGAUUCCAACUCGGUCUCCUUCCCCUCCUUGACCUUAACGUAGGUUGAUGCUGUCUCCUCCUUUCUCUGGGUUGUUCAAUGUCCACUGGCCAACGGUCUUCAGUUGGUGACCACCAACCCCUGGUGGAGCUGAUGGCUCUCUUCAGACGGCCUGUGGAGAUGACAAUCCAGAGUGAAUUGCGACCGAGCGGAUCUCUUGCGCGCCGUGCCGUCUGCCUGGGACGCUUCCCACCCCGUCCUUUUCGAUUAGCAAUCUAGAUCCGUCUUCUAGAGGGGGACUUUUGAAGCCACCUAACUUUCUUCCAUCUCCCCAAUCCAUCCGUUGAGCGGCCUUCCUGAGCCGCCCUGGAUGUAUCUUAAGCCGUGUACGGAAGCGAGGCUGCAGUGCCUCCACGUCACCCUGACAAUCCCGGCCUUGUCCCCUUAAUUCAGAUUUUCUUUUUUUAAAAAUUUAUUUAUUUAGUGAGUCCGGAGCAGAGAUUGGGGGGGGGGGCUUUCAGCACGGACGUAAAACUCCCGAGAACUUCAGUUAAAGUUCUCUUGCUUGGUUGAUUGGGGUCUUUUUGGCGCGAGAAGGAGACGGAUAGGAACUAGGUCAGCUUUUGGACGAGGCUGGGGUCUCCCAGCUCGGAUUUGGAACGAGGGGCGAUCAAUGCAGCGUGCACCGUUCUGGGUUUGGGAUCUAGAACGUCGCCUUGCGUGUUGAUCUGCAAUUCGAAGCGGGGAUGGGGGGGCCCGUUUAGAAAUCGCCAGGGUUUUUUUUUUUUGUUGUUCUUUUAGUUUUUGCUUAAUUUCCCGGAGUGUAUUUGGUACAACGUGUGAAUACUUGAAGAGGUCAAACGGGAAGCCCGACCCGCCUCUUGGCUGCCGCAGCUAGCUCCCCCCUCCUCUCUUUUUGGCAUUGCGAUGAUGUGGCUGGCGGUGGCGUGGAUGGUAGUGGGUGGGCAGACACCCCCCCCCCGUGGCGAACGCCUCUUCUAAGGAUUAUAACCUCUCAGAAUAGUUGUGUAUAAUUAAAGAAACUGUAAACUUUUUAAAAAAUAAAAUAUGUAUAUACCUUGG